AAAACUCGCUCGUUGGAGAAGCUUGCUGAGCUGAAAACAAACAGGAGGGGAGUCAGGUCGAUAGAUAAAAAGAAGAAAUCAAAGGUGUACAUUAUUGUGGACAUGGAGGCAGCUCGUAGGAUACUGAGGACCAAGUAAACAAAAUAAAAGGGCACACAACCCAUCGCGGCCCGAUGCACCGUAAUCUUCGGCUGUGGUGCUCGUGAAAUGUACUUUGAUCGCGGGCUCGUUUUUUUCUUGCGGAUCAGAAUCUGUAGUGGCUUCAUAUCGAUGUCUUGUUUUGUGCCCCCCUGUUUUUGCUAGUGCUGCCUGUCUAUUGUUAAAAAUUUCUUGUAGUCUCAGUGCAUUUGACCUUUUAAGCUCUUCUCUUCGGAGGUGGUUUAUGAUAGUAUCCUCUACAAAAGAAUGUCUGGAAAGCAUCACCAUUUUAAAGGACCCGAAGUGAGCUGUUGUGUCAAGUAUUUCUUGUUUGGAUUCAACAUUAUUUUUUGGUUACUUGGAGCAGCAUUUCUAGCAAUUGGUUUAUGGGCAUGGGCGGAAAAGGGUGUUCUGUCAAACAUCUCCUCAAUUACAGACCUUGGUGGUUUCGAUCCUGUGUGGCUGUUCAUAGUUGUUGGAGGGGUAAUGUUUAUUUUGGGCUUUGCUGGCUGCAUUGGAGCGUUACGAGAAAACACAUUCCUGCUUAAAUUUUUUUCUGUGUUUUUAGGGCUGAUAUUUUUCUUGGAACUUACAGCAGGGAUCCUGGCUUUUGUAUUUAAAGAUUGGAUCAAGGAUCAGUUAAAUUUCUUUAUCAACAAUAAUGUCAAAGCAUAUCGAGAUGACAUUGACCUGCAAAACCUCAUAGAUUUCGCUCAAGAAUAUUGGUCGUGCUGUGGAGCUCAUGGGCCUAAUGACUGGAAUCUGAAUAUAUAUUUUAAUUGCACAGAAGCAAACCCAAGUCGAGAACGUUGUGGUGUUCCAUUCUCAUGUUGUGUCAAGGAUCCAGCGGAGGAUGUUUUAAAUACACAGUGUGGUUAUGAUGUGAGGCUUAAAGUGGAACUUGACCAGCAAAGCUUCAUUUACACAAAAGGCUGUGUUGGACAGUUUGAAAAGUGGCUUCAAGACAAUUUAAUAGUUGUAGCUGGAGUAUUUGUAGGAAUUGCACUACUACAGAUUUUUGGAAUAUGUCUGGCACAAAACCUUGUAAGUGACAUCAAGGCGGUAAAAGCAAAUUGGUGAUAACAUUUUGGUGAAGAUCUGAAGAUCAGAAAGAAAGAUCCCGACUCCAGCCCUGCUGAAGUGACAGUCUGGAGACCUUUUGCAUGGAAGAGAAAUUGCAGUGGGGAAGGAGGCUUUUUUUAAUAUUGAAUACUGACAGUAAUGGAUUAUUUCAUUAGAUGGCCAUAGAGGUUUUUUUUUUUAAUUGAUAUAUUGAAGAUCGUCAGCAAGCCAAGGUAAUUUCUCCUUCCAAAGACUUAAAGGACAAUGCUGAAGUUGGAGCCUGCCUUGUCAUAUUUAACAGAAGAUCUGAAAUAGUUUCUAAGUCCUUGAAUUUGGAAAAGCAUAGCCACACCUCCUUUUGAACUGAAAAAGCUGCUAUGUUCAAAGCUUCUGUCUCUUUUCUGAUUCAAUGUUUUUUUUCAGUCUUUCUGUUCUUCUCCAUUUCUUUUAAUGUUAGCCUUUUGCAGAAAGAAACUGCUUUGGCAUACUUGGCUGUUUGAAUGUUUACGUUCUUGAUGAAAAAUAACAUUGCCCAAAGUCAUUUUUUUUUUUGUGUUUUUUUUAAUUUAUUUAUCCAUUCCUGACACUGGAGCACUUGAGACAUUCCACACAGUUCUGAAAUCUGUAGUAUCACUACAUCCUUUGAGUUAAUAAAUAAAUUUACAGUAAAUAAAUAGAUGUAAUUUUAGCCAGUGAUCUCCGGAAUCCGGUUCUGAUCAUGUUGGAAAUAUGCAUGUAUAACAAGACUAGUUUCAGCCAAACAAAGUGUAUCUAGUAUAGAAUUUGCACCUCCAGGUAUAUAAGCUGAAUACAUUUAUAUUGCAGGUUUUGUUUUCAUCCUUAUCAUAACGAGUACGGAAGAAGUUUGAGUUAUUUUGGGCUUUAAAGCACCUGCUGCGUGUUUAUUUUUAUUAUUUUUUUUUUUUUGAAAAGAAAAAUUCCAGUUUUUGUUUAGAAAGUAGACAUUGUGUUCAGGAAGCGAAAGUCCAGCAUCCUGUACUACUUUUGCUUGUAACGUUUUAUGUGCAUACAGUAUGAUAAUUUUAAGUCUUUGAUUGGAUGCAGAACAGUUUCGCCAUUCUUGCUCUUUUUUAAAUAGAGCUUAAAUAAUUACAGAUGAGAACUUCUGUCUGCUACACUAAAAUAAUCAUGGCAAAAGCUACAUUUAUGUAAGAUAAAGGAAAUUAAAGCAUUUUCUAGAUAAUUCUGUUAUUUUUUUAUUUUACAAGUUAUAAAUAUCUUUAGUUUCAACAUUUGUUACAUUUUGUGGAAAAAAAAUAUUUAUGUUACAAUUCAGAGCCUCCUCAUGUGCUACCGCAUACUUUGCCACUUCCGUAGGUCAGUAAAACAUACAGCCACCUGUUUGAAACAGACACAAACGCACAAAAAAUUCACACCUUGCAUGAUUGUUGCCUCUUACUGCUGCUUCAAAAACCAGCCAUUUGUAAUACAAAAACUUCAGAUGUUCUUUUGUAUGUCUACCUUUUGUGUUUGUGUUGCUCUUUGUCUAUAGCUAGAUACCUUUUUUUGUUUCUCUUACAAAUCACUGGAACCUCACAUAAAUCUUCAUUAGCUGACCUCAAGUGUAGACAGUUUUGUACUGCCAUAGCCUUCCCUCUUGUCUCGAGUGCCUAAAACUGGAUCCAGAUGUCUCCACUGUCCAGGAUAUUUUGAGAUGAAGAUAAAAAAUUGGUACAUGAGGUUUAAUGGGGCAGAAAGAUUUUCUGGAUCACUUACUUUACAGUCUCAAGAAUUUAAUAAAAGUACACUAUAUUUCAAAGAAUUUAACAGGAAAAUCAAAUCACUUUGGUAUGGUUACCUGUUUCAAAUGUAAGUAAUGUAAUUAUUGUUGAUAUUUUGCAUUAAAGUUAUUAUUAUUUA